AUGUUCCAUUACACCAGCUACGGCUCCUGCCGUCAUAUGGAUUUGGAGAUUGAUCAGAUGGUGGAAACAGUUCCACAAAUCAAUAAUCACAUUAUAAUUUUAGUGUCUGUUAAAAUUGUCAGGCUGGAAUCUGCUAAGAUCCAUGCAAGGGACUGCGAAGAUUCCAAGCGCUGGUUUCCAGGGUCUAAUCGAAAGUUGGGCUGCCCCGAAGCACACCAUCACAACCCCAGCACCAGUACCGCAAGAUCCUCGCCCAGGACUGUCCGCGGGGUCGCGUGGCGGGCGCAGCGGCCGCGCGGCGGGGGCCGCUGGCGCAAGGGCGGUGCUUCCGUCUCGACUCGUCUUCCUCUUCUUCAUCCUUUCAUUCGUCCUCGUGGUCUUCGUCUCAUCGUUAGACAUCCAUGUUUAGGCCUGUGCAAGCACCAUAUGGUUAAAGGAACCAUAUGA